AUGUCCCACAUUCAACUCAUCGACCAUUUCGUGCUUCCUAUAGGGCAGGUCAUCGACUUCGAGGACCCCCAGCCAUCCUCCUUUCGUAUCAUCGAGAAAAUAAAGGAAGACAACUAUCAGGCGGAGCCGCAGGAGAUCCAUGAUGGUAUUGCGGAGUCAUCCUAUUGCGCAGCUAAAUACCUCUGUGUGGAACCGUCGUCACAAAAGCGCGCGUUCAUGAGGGUCUACAUGCAAGUUCCAUGGAAAGGCACUGAGAUGUACCCCGGCAGUGAGAGACAGAAACAGGUCACGACUGAGAGCAAAGAGUUUAUUUCUAUGGAGAUUGUCGCUAUGAAGGCUUUCUGGAAGCAAAAUUCAGCUAUCACACCCCCUCUGCUUGGUUACAAAGAGCGGGUUCAGGAUCCUGGUAUGCCAGUCCCAGAUGGCUUCGCCACCUAUUUUGUCUGGGGUGUGGUUCCUGGAAUAUGCUUGGGAGAUAGCAAUGGGCCGACGACCUUCCAGACCCUCCCAGAUGCUGAACAGGAACUCAUUCACGAGACCUUCUUGCAGGAUCACAAAAAACUUCGGGCCAUGGGAUUCUUCCCUGCCUUUGGCAAAGCAAAAAAUCUUGUGUGGGACAGGGCCCGUGGCAAACUGUACUUCGUUGGGUUUCGAGACUGCAAUCCAGCCACUGAAGGCCAUCACCCGGUGGACGAGCGCAAUUGGGUUUCCUGGGGAAUGACUAGGGAGCCCCGGAAGUCAUCUGCCUGGGAAAAAGGGGCGUUCGCCCAUAUCACCCCUUGA